CCGAGGGGGCGGGGCCGUGGCGAUGGCGGCGGUCGCGGGUGCGGCGGCGGGACCGGGGCGUCGGGGACGGGAUCGGGGGGGGCACUCGGUGCCCCCCGACCCCCGACCCCCGCCCCCCGACCCCCGCCCCCCGCUGCACGCAGGGCCGGCGCGGCGCAGGCGGGGGGAGGCGGCGGGGGGGGCGCCCGGGGGCGGCCCCCCUCCCCCUCCCCCUCCGCCCCCCGAGGGCCCCGGCCCCGGCCCCGGCACCGGCAGCGGGAGCGGGAGCGGGAGCGGGGCCGGCCGGGCCCGGCGCCUCCUGGGCUUCGAGCUGCGGGACGUGUCGCGGUGGGGGCGGUUCGUGCGGCUGCUGCACCGGCCCGCGGACCCCGCCGCGCUGGGCGCCUUCCGGGGCGCCUUCGGGCUGCUGAUGGCACUGGACGUGCCCCAGGAGCGGGGCCUGGCGCACCUGGACCAGCGCUUCCUGGACGGGCUGGAGGUGUGCCGCUUCCCCCUGCUGCCCUUCCUGCGGCCCCUGCCCCUCGACUGGAUGUACCUGCUGCACGCCACCAUGGCCCUCGGGGCGCUGGGCAUCAUGGCGGGGUGCUGCUACCGCCUGAGCUGCGUCGCCUUCCUGGGGCCCUACUGGUACCUGCUGCUGCUCGACAAGACCUCCUGGAACAAUCACUCCUACCUCUACGGGCUCCUGGCCUUCCAGCUGGCGCUGCUGGGCGCCGACCGCUACGGGUCCGUGGACGGGCUCUUCCGUCCCCAGAAGAGGAACGCCCACGUGCCGCUGUGGAACUACACCCUGCUGCGCGCCCAGAUCUUCAUCGUGUACUUCAUCGCGGGGCUGAAGAAGCUGGACGCCGACUGGGUGGGUGGCUACUCCAUGGGCUCCCUUGCCCGCCACUGGCUCUUCGCACCCUUCCGGCUGGUGCUGUCGGAGGAGAUGACCAGCCUGCUGGUGGUGCACGGCGGGGGGCUGGUGCUCGACCUCUCGGCUGGCUUCCUCCUCUUCUUCGACGCCACGCGGCCCCUCGCCCUCAUCUUUGUCACCUACUUCCACUGCAUGAACUCCCAGCUCUUCAGCAUCGGCAUGUUCCCCUACACCAUGCUGGCCAGCAGCGGGCUCUUCUGCCACCCCAGCUGGCCCCGGCGCCUCUGCGCCCGCUGCCCCCCCUGGCUGCGGGGGGUCCUGCCCAGCACCCGCCCCCCCCAGCCCAGCCCCGACUGCCACUACGGGGGGCGGCGGGGGCGGCGGGGGGGGGGCCUUCGGCCUCGCCAGCACCUGGCUGCCGCCUUCACCGUCCUCUACGUGCUGGAGCAGCUCUUCCUGCCCUACUCCCACUUCAUCACCCAGGGCUACAACAACUGGACCAACGGCCUCUACGGCUACUCCUGGGACAUGAUGGUUCACUCCCGCUUCCACCAGCACGUCAAGAUCACGUACCGGGAUGGGCUCACCGGGGAGGUGGGCUACCUCAAACCGGGGGUGUUCACGCAGAGCCGGCGCUGGAAGGACCACGCGGACAUGCUGAAGCAAUACUCGACGUGCCUGAGCCACCUCCUGCCCCGCUACAACGUCUCCCAGCCCCAGAUCUACUUCGACAUCUGGGUCUCCAUCAACGACCGCUUCCAGCAGAGGCUGGUGGAUCCCCGGGUGGACGUGGUGCGGGCGCCGUGGUCCCCGUGGAGCCCCACGCCCUGGCUGCUGCCGCUGCUGCUGGAGCUGUCGCCCUGGCGGGAGCGGCUGCAGGAGCUGGAGAGCCAGCUGGACGGACACACCGACGCCGUCUUCAUCGCCGACUUCCCCGGCCUGCACCUGGAGAACUUUGUCAGCGAGGACCUGGGUAACACGAGCCUGCGGGUGCUGCGGGGAGAAGUGCUGGUGGAGCUGGUGGAGCAGCACCGCAACCGCUCCCUGCGGGAGGGCGAGGGGAUGCAGCUGCCAGCAGGGCAGUACCACAAGGUGCACACGGUGUCGCCGGAGCCCUCCUGCUACAUGUACCUCUACGUCAACACCACGGCGCUGGCGCUGGAGAGGAACCUGACGCGGCUGCAGGAGCUGCGGGAGCGGGUGCGCAACGGCACCGAGAAGGAGCCGCUGCCCCCCGAGCUGCAGCCCAUCCUGGGGGAGCCGCUGGCGGCGGGGGCGGCCGCCGACCCGCUGGUGAUGGCGUUCCUGCGGCGGCAGCGGCGGCUGGAGGAGCAGAACCGGCGGCGGGAGGCCAGCCUGGCCCAGCGCCUCCACCGCUUCCUCCGCAAGAAAUUCUACCUCUUCCGCCGCAGCAUCCUGAUGACCUGCAUCUCCCUCCGCAACCUGGCGCUGGGCCGGCCGCCCCUGGAGCAGCUGGCGCAGGAGGUGGCCUUCGCCAACUGGCGCGGCGAGGAAGAGGAGGCUCGGCCCGAGGGCCGCGGCGGCGAGGGGGGACAGGGGGGCCCCGAGCUCUGAGCACCAAAAUAAAUGCAGUUUGUUUUUU